CAAAGUUGGCACCGCGCCUCCGGACGCGAGCGGCGACCCAGCAACCGCCGGCGCCGCCUCCCGCCCUGCCUUCGCCUCCGGCCGCGUCACCGGCGGCGUCCCCGACGGCGUCACAUGAGUACAUGACCAGGAACCACGCCCCGAAGUCGCUCGCCGUCCUCCUCCGCGCCCGCAUGCACCCGGACGCCCUCCCCUCCCCGCCGCCGCAACUGUCCCCUACUCCGCCGCCCCCUGACCCCGACACCGCCGCCCCUCCCGCGGCUUCCGUCCGCCACUGGCUCCAUGCCGCCGCCUCCGCCACCUCCCCGCCCCCCGCGACUCUCGACAGCUUCUCCGAUGGGUACCGCUCCCUCGACCGCGUCGGGCGCCGGGAGGUCCUCCGCUCCCUCGCCACCGACUACGACGUGCCCCGCACGCGCGUCCGCGACCUCAUGAGACAGUACAUGAGCGUCGCCUCCGCCGCGGCGGCAGUCGGGGAUGGCGCGGAGGCGGAGGAGGGGAAGGAGGGUGCUGCAGCGGCGUUGUACCGGAUGGAGCGGGGUCUCCGGGAGGCGCUCCGGCCCCGGUACGCCGUCUUCCUCGAGGCCAUGAACGCGCAGCCCGGAGGGCUCAAGCUCCUCGCCGUGCUCCGCGCAGACCUCCUGGCCUUGCUGGGGGAGGAGAACGCUCCAGCACUGCGCGCCCUGGACUCGUACUUGAAGGAGAAACUGGUUACUUGGCUCAGCCCUGCGGCGCUGACGCUCCACCAGAUAACAUGGGAUGAUCCUGCCUCCUUGCUAGAGAAGAUUGUGGCAUAUGAAGCAGUGCACCCAAUCAGGAAUCUGAUAGACUUGAAGAGAAGAUUGGGUGUAGGCCGCCGUUGCUUUGGCUACUUCCAUCCAGCAAUACCAGGGGAGCCCCUGAUUUUCAUCGAAGUUGCUUUACACAAAGAUAUGGCUGCAUCUAUACAGGAGGUCUUGUGGGAUGAACCCCCGACUCCUGAAUCUGAAGCCAGCUGUGCACUGUUUUAUUCAAUAUCGUCUACCCAGCCUGGCUUAUCAGGUAUUAAUCUGGGGAAGUUUCUUCUCAAGCGUGUGAUUGAUAUGUUGAGAAGAGAUAUGCCUUCAGUACAGAUUUUUGCAACACUGAGCCCAAUCCCUGGUUUCAUGCAAUGGCUUCGUGCUAAACUGGCCUCCCAAAUAAAAUUAGCCGAGACAGAAUCGCAAGAGGGGAAUUCAUUAGAAGGAGCUAGCUCUACUUUCAGAGAGUCCAUUCUUCUUCCUGAUGAAGAGAAGAUGAUUCAUGAUGCCAUUGAACAAACUCAUGGGAAACAAGGAAUUGAACUAUUGCAAGAUAUACUGAAAACAAGUCAGUGGGUAAAAUCAGAAAAAUUAUCUGCUGCACUGAAAUCUCCUCUGAUGCGUUUGUGUGCAAGGUAUCUUGCCAGUGAGAAAAUCCGAGGAAAAGCUCUAGAUGCUGUUGCAAAUUUUCACUUGCAAAAUGGAGCACAACACUGGCUAAUUUGGCAGAUGAUUGAGAGAAUAAACUGGAUGGCUGAUCAAUCAGAGAAGGGCGUUCAACAGAGUGGAGGUAUCAUGGUCAAUUAUCUUUACAGGUUAGAGAAUAUAGAAGAGUAUGCACUGUCAUAUUCGGGCAAAGGGCUUGUCCAUUGUUCACCUAGCCUGUCCCAGUAUCUUGAGCCAAAGGAUACGUGAAACUGAAUAUUCCAGGCACAAUGUUUCCACCAAGGUAUAUCAGCCAUUGGAUACUUGGAUCAAGAAGAAGGAUAGUAUACGGUCCUUCCUCUAUUCAUUGUGAACGUAGCGGAUUCAUAUGACAUGUCUUAUAGUUUUAUAGUUUGUAAGAGGGUAGAUGGCUGUGAGAUAGCGGGGAUGAUGUAACGGAAAUAAUGCACAUUAUGUCUGCUUACUGCGUAAGAAUACCAGGAGGAAAAAGAGCGUUUAGACUUUAGAUAGCUGGGAUCAGGCUGGUUCAGGCCUUCUGGGUCUCCUGUAUAUUCAUGCACACUUUUUUUUUUUGGCACUGCUCUGCGUAUGGUCUGGUGAACCAUGUUGGCUUCUGCAGAGGCAAAUUGCAAUAUGCAUCGUCCAGUAUUCGCACUGA